AUGGGGAAGCUGAGGGCGAGGGACCCCGUCAACGUCCUCUUUGGAUGGGUGCGGAGGCAAUCGGUGAAGGUGAAGGCCUUCCUCGGCGCCGUCACAGCGCUCAUCGUCCUUGCGGCGCUGAAGCUGACCGUGCGUGACCACAACCACUUCUUCGUCGCCUCGGAGGCUGUCCACGCCGCCGGGAUCCUCGUCCUCGUCUACAAGCUCGCCCGCCAGAAGACAUGCUCGGGUGAGUUUCUCCGCGAGCGGGACCCCUACCGCCCGUCUCCUAUUCGCGUGCUUGUUUUUGGGAAUUAUUUUUCUGGGGAAGGGAUGGAGGGUAUCGUGCUUGGUUUUCUGGAUCGCGGGAUUCCCAACUAUUCCCGUCAGGUAUCGUCGGAUCGCUGAUCAGGGAUUUUCGAAGUGGGAAAUAAUUUUUUACUUCCAAAUGGGUUUUUCUAAAAUAAGGAUUCAUAUUGAAAUAUAUCUAAUUCCCAGGUGAAUCAGGUGAUCGACGUGAUGUGUUCUUUCAGGUGAUCACCAGGCCAUUUUUCAACGACUCGCAGGUUCCAAGUGGGUUAACAGAUAAUUAUUUCAUGCAAAUGAAACCGCGUAGUCGGUCUUCUGGGGCAUUGUUCGAUAGUUCUAAGAUUAGGCACUAAAUUAAAUUAAAUUAAAUUUCUUCGUAUUAUUCUAUGCCGAACUUCUGGGUAUCCUAGUCACUAGGUAGGUGCAAAAAAAUCAGUUCCCACUGAGUAUUCACUUUUUUUGCAUUCCCCAUCUGUUAUUAUUUUGUUGUAUAUAAUCUACGAAUUCUUUUUUUUAUUUUCUAUACUCCACCCUCAGAAUAUUCCCCAUCGGUGUGUUAAAAUCACAAGAAUCCAGGUCAAAUAUCGACCAGGAUUCCACUCAGGGGAACAUGAGAUAUCUUCUUCGAAGCUCCCAUAAUCUGAUCACGAAAAUAUUAAUUUUUCCAAUUUCUUUUUUCCUGCAGGUCUUUCUCUGAAGACUCAGGAGCUCACUGCGCUGUUUUUAGCUGCGAGGCUGUAUUGCAGCAUGGUGAUGGAAAAGGACAUCCACACAGUCCUGGAUUUUACGACGCUUCUCUUCACCAUGUGGGUCAUUUACAUGAUGCGCUUUAAACUGAAGUCAACCUAUGUCGAGGACCUAGACAAUCUGCCGAGAUAUGCUCUGGUAAUCAUGCCUUUCCAUUAACUCUUCGAACAUAGUCAACUCUGAACAUAAAAAUAAAUAUUUUCUAUAAAAUAUUCCUUCACUGAACCUGAUUUCCCUUUCUUUUUUCUCUACCAAAAGUCGGAACUUGAAUUCACGGCUUGCUGUUAGUCAUCAGAUUUUUAUUUUUUCUUAUGGCCUCAUUUUUAAUUUUUUUUCAAACCGUGUAAUAUCUUCUUCAGUAAUUGGGAAUAUUCUUUAGCUGAAGCUCAUUUCCCUUGUGUUUCUCAAAUAAUGUGAUGUUUCACCUCGCAUCCCAGUCGGGGCUUCCUGUUAGUCUUCAGCUCUAAUCUCUUCCAUCUCCUCCUGAGAGCUUCAAUGCUCUUCCAUCUCCUCCUGACUCAUGAACGAUCAGCUGUUCCCCAAGGAAAAGAAAGAGUCUUCUCAUAGAACCUGGUUAUUUUUUAACGCGCCAUCUGCAUCUGUAUUUACUGGGGAUUCCCCGCAGGUGGUUCCAUGCAUACUCUUGGCCCUCCUCAUCCACCCAUAUGCCCAGAGCUUCCGGGUUAGUUACAUCAUCUGGGCUUUCACCGUGUACCUGGAAGCUAUAUCGGUGCUGCCCCAGCUUCAUGUGAUGCAGAACGCAAAGGUACGAUAUGCCACAGCUUGCCAUUUUAUCUGGAUAAUUUCCAUUUAUUCACGAUGAUUAGUUUAUCUAAUGUUUUCUGGUGAGUAGAUGGUCGAGCCUUUCACUGCCCGUUAUGUUUUUGCGCUGGGGGUUGCAAGAUUCUUGGGCUGUGCGCACUGGAUUCUUCGGGUAUGACAUGCAUUUUCUUGCAUAUUUUUUUCGUACAUUUUUUAUAAUUUACCCGAGCUGGAUCUUGGGAGGUACCUAAUAUCUUUCUAAUCAAUUGAAAACCUUACUAAACACGUAUGAAACUAAGGUGUGAAACCUAGGUACCACUCAUGAAUGGAUGCUCGGAUAUCCAUUAAGACAGUAAUAUAGGCAUUGUCCACCCGGAUAUUCUGUGGACAGUCUAUAAUUUCUGCUUGGAUAUCCAUUAAUGCAUGCAUGAGCUCAAUCUUUUAAAGGUCUGCUAUGAUACCUAAUUAUGUGCAUUUUAUCUGAUUUAAAUAAUUAUUUUUUACACUAAUCAUGUAGAACCAACAUGCUGGAUAAUCAAACUCCAUUUGACAUGAAAACUUAGGAUAAUCAGGGUCCCCGCAGAGAAAUUGGAGGAAAUAGAGGUGAAUUAGGACCCACCCUUUGCUCAUCUUCUCGCAAGGAUCUUUCCCCGAGAACCCACCCGCAAAACGUGCUCAGAUGCAAUCUAUUUGACCUCUGACGAUCAUCAGGAGAGAGGCUCUGUUCUUCAGUUCUACCUCUGAACCAAGGUUGUUGAUUCACCCCAGAUCGUCGAAUCGCGAGGAAAUUUCUUCACGGAUUUGGGGUCUGGAAUGUUCUGGGUACCCAUGGUUCUGCUGGCCGAAGUCGUCCAGACCUUCAUACUGGCCGACUUCUGCUACUACUACGUCAAAAGGUCAGCCCACCUCCCCCUGAACCUUCUCCACUCAAGAUAACUGAUGGGCUGCCUACUGAAGUUGACUCCCCCUCUCUGUGACAGCGUCAUGUACGGCGACCUCCUGCUGAGGUUCCCCUCUUCUGUUUGA